AUGAGUAACGAAAUUAAAAAUUGCAAAGGCAAAGAGCUAACAGAGAAGGUAGUUGCUGGUGCGAAAGAUAAUGAGAAACUGGCAAAAAUGAUACGAAAUUUGAGGCAAGAAAAUGAGAGUACGGGUACUACCGGGGACGAUAAGGGAUAUAAGGAAAAAUUUCAAGCCCUGGUUGAAAUAAACAAUGACUUGAAGAACGACUACGAAGAACUUCAAAUGCGAUAUGAAAUGCUUAAAGGCGAGAAGCGACUACUGGAAGACGAGGAAAAGGAGUUAAAACUACAUGUAUCUGAGCUGGAAAAACGACAGGGACCUUUAGAAAGCGAACUAGCCAGACUAGCUGCUGCUUUAUAUGCUCAACAAGGCUUCAGCAAUGGCGGACCCUCGGAAGAGCAAUGUGAGAUACUGAAGUCUCAGAUAAUUGUUUACAAAGAGGAUUUUGAAAGAGAGAGAAACGAUCGGGAGAAAUUACAUGAAGAGAAGGAAAAAUACAAACAUAAACUGGAGGAUUCUGAGGAAAUUAUCAGAAAGUUAACUGCGGAACUUGAUGCUUGCAAAGCCCGGGAGGAAUCUGAGAAUGGGUACCUCAGUAAGAGAGUUGCCACUCCCCCCCGGUAUCAGGUGCAAUAUACCUAUCCAUAUCAACCUGUUGAUCAGAGGUGGAGAAUGGAACAAAAAAAGUGA